UAUAGGAAAGAAAAAACGAGCAAAGCUAAUGCAACACAAACUAACAACAAGCGAAAACUGUCUGCAACUGAAGAAGUAAAACACAAAGCAAUCAGUCGGUGCAUGAACUGUAUAUAUACUGGUGGCUUAAAGGAGCUUGGGUGUAUGGAAGUAGGAUCAGUGGCUGAUGAAACGAAAGAGUUCAAGGAUGCAUGUAUGAAGAUACCAGUCAUCAUGAAGGACAUGCUGUGUGAAAUUGUGGAAAGAGCACCAAAUCUUGUACGACGUGUGCACAUGAUAGGAUAUAUGAUUAUUGGUAAGCAAUAA